CAACUGGAAUCCCAAGUCAGGUUGGAGUUGUCUUUCUACCCAAGCCAACUCCAUACCUAUAAAAACAGCCCCGCUCUCCUUAUUUUGUUCAAACAUCCUUAAAAAGUUUAAACAAACAAAGCAAAGGAGAAUUCCACAGCCAGAAAGAAAAAUUCAGAGGAGAAACAAAUAAUAACACAGGAAGCAUGGGAGGAGGAACAGAAGCUUUUCCUGAUUUGGGUCAACAUUGCCAAAACCCAGAUUGCAAUCAACUCGAUUUUUUACCUUUCAAAUGCGACGGUUGUCAAAAGGUGUUUUGUGUGGAACAUAGAUCUUAUAAGGCCCACGAGUGUCCAAAAUCCGACCAUAAUAGCAGAAAGGUUGUUGUUUGUGAGACUUGUUCGAUGUCUAUUGAGACAACAGGACGAGAUGGUGAGGACGAGAAGGCUAUGUUGGAGAAGCAUGAGAAGUCAGGUAAUUGUGACCCCAAGAAGAAGAAGAAACCAACGUGUCCUGUUAGGCGGUGCAAGGAAAUAUUGACCUUUUCGAAUACAAGUACGUGCAAGACUUGCCAAUUGAACGUGUGCUUGAAGCAUCGAUUCCCGGCUGACCAUGUGUGCAAAAAGGCAGCAGCAGCGGCUACUGUGGUGAAGGGUAAUGGAAGAUGGAAUGAUAGGUUUUUGGCUGCUAUGGCUUCGAGGAAUGGAAAAGAUUGUGGAAGCAAGAGUGGACAUGGUUCUGCGUCUACUCCCAGUACACCUUCAUCUGUUAAAGCAUAUUGAUAAAGAUCGUAUACAUGUGUUUUAGAUUUAGUUUUACAAUUCAUUGUAGGAAAAUUAUUUCGAUAAAGAUUAUCUGACAGAAUGUUGGUAA